ACAACACCCGUUGUAGCGCCGGCGCCUAUAUAGGGCGCCUCCGACGCCGAAUUAAUCAGUCUGUAGACACCCUCCCAGGAAUACGCACAACAUCAUGGCAUCAAAGGUUUUGAUCGCUGCUCUGUUUGGAGUUGCUUCCUGCUCCAACCCUGCUCCAUACAAUCCUGCUCCUUAUGCUGAUCCCUACCCAGCUAUUGCUCCAAGCUACAAUUACCAGUAUGGAGUGAAUGAUCCCCACUAUGGACCAGUAUUUUCUCAGCAAGAAGAAAGGAACGACUACAACACUGCCGGAGAAUACAGAGUAAACCUUCCUGAUGGUAGAGUACAGAUUGUAUCCUACACUGCUGGACCUGAGGGAUAUGUUGCUGAUGUCAGGUAUGAGGGUGAAGCUCAGUACCCAGAGGAGAAAGCAUAUGCCCCUGCUCCCUACAAGGCUGCUCCCGCUCCCUACCAGCCAGCCCCUGCUCCCUAUGUUCCUGCCCCCGCUCCUGCUUACAAACCCGCCCCUGUUGCCUACAAACCUGCCCCUGCUCCCUACAAGCCCGCUCCUGCCUAUGCCCCUGCUCCUGCCUAUGCCCCCGCUCCUGCUUACAAGCCCGCCCCCGUCUACCAUUCCGCUCCAGUUUACAAGCCCGCCCCUGCCUACCACUCUGCACCUGUCUACCACUCUGCCCCUGCUCCAGCAUAUGCCCCAGCCAGGAGGUACGGAUUCAACAUUGUCACCACUCCUGCACCUGAACUUCCCGCUGAGGUCAAGGAGGUCGUUGUUGAGGAGGCCGCUGCUCCCGUAGAGGAAGCUGAAGCCGCACCUGAGGCUGCCCCCGAGGCUGCUGAGGAAGCUUACAAACCCGCCCCUGUUGCCUACAAACCUGCCCCUGCUCCCUACAAGCCCGCUCCUGCCUAUGCCCCUGCUCCUGCCUAUGCCCCCGCUCCUGCUUACAAGCCCGCCCCCGUCUACCAUUCCGCUCCAGUUUACAAGCCCGCCCCUGCCUACCACUCUGCACCUGUCUACCACUCUGCCCCUGCUCCAGCAUAUGCCCCAGCCAGGAGGUACGGAUUCAACAUUGUCACCACUCCUGCACCUGAACUUCCCGCUGAGGUCAAGGAGGUCGUUGUUGAGGAGGCCGCUGCUCCUGUAGAGGAAGCUGAAGCCGCACCUGAGGCUGCCCCCGAGGCUGCUGAGGAAUGAAUCCACUAAGACUGCUGCUAUGCUGUCUAACAGCUAUGCAGAAAACUGUUUUCAACCUCCAGUAUUGCAAUCUCGGUAUUCUAGACACUAGUCAUAUAUUUAUGCUAAGUUAUUAUUUUUGUUACUUAAUUUUUGUGUGAAAAAUACUGAAAAGUAUGAUAAAACUUGCCUUUUAA